AUGGAUAUUACAAGGAAGGGUAGCACACAAGCAUUGACUAAUAACCUUAAGAAGAAGAAGGGGCAUACGCGAUCUAGAGACGUGAAGGAAAUACCGUCUAAACGUGCCCAUCUGAUGUUCCCAAGAAGAAAAUAUGUGAAAGUGGUCGUUCUGAGAUCUUUGAAUGGGACAUUUGAUUCUAAAUAUUUGAUUGUGCCCUUUAAACCUGACGGGUUGAAGUUUGGUAGACCCGUUGCCAAUAACAAUAGCAGUGCCAACAAUAACAACAAUAACAAUAAUGGUAGCAGUGGAGGUAAUGGUAAAAAUAAUGAGAACAUUCAACAGCAACAACAGCAGACAGUGCAAGUGAGGCAGGAUAAUGGAUAUUUUGAUUCAAGGGUGUUGUCAAGAAAUCAUGCAUUAUUAAGUUGUAACCCCAAAAACGGUGCCAUAUACAUCAAAGACUUGAAAUCAAGUAAUGGGACCUUUGUUAACGGAGACAGAAUAGAUCAAAGAGAUAAAGAAUUGAAUGUCGGAGACGUUUUAGAUCUAGGUACUGAUAUUGACACCAAAUUCGAGCAUAGAAAAAUUAGUGCGUUUGUUGAAGAUAUACAUGUCCUACCUCUGAUUCCAACGUGUCCUGAGGUGGAUCCCAGAGAAGAUAUAUCCUUUGUCGAAGAUGUUGAUUUGUCGCUUAUACAGAGAGCUGCAUUUGAAACAAGUUUGUUUGGUGAUACCGACAAUAUUGAGCUUGAAGAGACUAUUUUUGGCACUGACACAGAAGUACUUAGUGGUAUAUUUAUCAAUAAUUCAAUUGGUACAAGCUCCAAUUUAACAAAUACUAUUAAAUCUAUUGCAUCCGAUAUCUCUCUGAGGAAAUAUGAUUAUACGAAAUUAAGAGGCAUUGAGUCGUUUCUUGUCAAUUAUACCGCAUCAUUGGACUAUUCCAACAAACUUAUAUUAGAAAAGAAUGAUCAUCAAUUAAUGCAACUACAGAAUGAUCUUCGGAAAAAACUUUCAGAAGAACAAGAUGUCCUAAUGGCGGAACAUCAACAACGAAUUAAUGAAAUUGAAAGUGCAAAGGCAGAAUUGAAACGCUCCAUUAAGCGUGAUGAAAAGCGAUCUAAAGAUGAAAUCAGUGGUAUAGAAAUGGAACUAGAAGAUCUAAAAACAAGAUUAGAAGUGGAAACAUUUAAAAAUGCUCAAUUAACUAAAGAAAAUAAAUCUCUUGAAGAUGCAGAGCGUCUUCAAGAGGAGGAAAUGUCGAAACUAAAGAGAACAGAUAACAUUGAUAAAGAGGUCAAAAAAUCAAGGUCACAUCUAAUAUUGUUUACUCUUGGUGCCGUUUCCCUUGGAAUACUUGCAUUUACCCUUAGAUAUAUAUUUAGAUCAUAUAAAUGA